GGAGCAACCAGAGCUCAUCGACAGGACGCGAGGAAGAAUCCUCGGGAUGCUGAGGACCCUAAAUCACCCAGGGAGCUACGCGUGUGGUGCAAGAAAAUACGCUCUCGGUAUCUGCGUUCCCACCGUGGGAGCCUUGCGUGUGCUCUUUGCACUCUGCACGACGCUGCAGCACACGAUGGGCGAGGAGGGCGAGGUCAUCAGGCUGCACCUGUCAUCUGACCCGGGGAGCACUUACUACGCCCUUGUGACCUGGAAGAAGAACAGCCAUCAGGGAUUGAACCUGAGCCUCACCGACUGCCGGACGGCCUGGACAGGGGAAGUGACCAGCUCCAAACUGGAGGAGGAGGCGUCGGAAGCCGGGCUGUCGCUCGUUGACUACGUCGCUGAGCUCCGGGCCGCCCUCCUGGGCCACUGCUGGGACUCGUCCUCCAACGGAGACCUCUUCCGCUACGACCUGAAGCCCCCCGCCAGCCCCGGGCGCGCUCGCCGCAGGUGUUUCUCCAUCUGCAAAGUGCACAGCGACGUCACGUUCGAGCUGGGCACGGUGGAGCUGCGCGAGCUGGACGAGCCGGUGACGUUGGUGCGGCGGCUGCUGGACCGCGGGCUGGAGGGCGAGCGCCGCCUGCGACAGCGCAACGACGACCUGCAGCGUGACAACGAGCGGCUCGCCGAGGAGCGCGGGCGCGCCAUCCAAGAGCUGAGGGCGUCCGUGGACAACAAGGAUGAGCUGGAGAGGGACCUGUACGGAAAGUUCAUCCACGUCCUCAACGAGAAGAAAGAGAAGAUUCGGCGGCUCAAGGAUACCCUGGAUAAGCACGCCGCGGCCCAAGUGCCCCCUCCCUGCGCCAGCGCCGGCGGCGUUGUUGGUGGCAGCUCUGCGGCCCGGGCGGCGGAGGGCACGGACGAGUCUGACUACGGGGGCACCACCGACGAGGAGAGCCAGGCCCCGGCGACCGGAACCGGCAACCGGAAGGCGGCGAAAGCCCCGAGCACCGUGUCCGUAACCCAGCAGGAGGGCGAGCGAAGAGGUGCCGUCACGGCUUUUGACCCGUAUGACGACGACGACGACGGCGCCAGAGUCGGCGGAAUGGACGCAGGCGCGGGCCCCACCAGGAGGCAGCGCAAACGACGGGGCCAUCAGCAGGUGACCGUGACGGAGACGCCAGCAGCGGCGGUGCUGCCGCCGCCCGCCAAAACCAAGCCGGCCAAUGAGUACGUAGAGGAACACGUCCGUGUGUGUUCCGUGCGUUCCGUGCGUGCAGUCUGCUCAGGUCUUCAGUUAGGUGGGCAGGCGGGGGGCGGAGUGGGAAGAGUACACAGUGAAAUAAAAUAAGA